CAGCACCGGGCCGGUAGGGAAAUGGCGCCCGCCGGGCAGGCCGGGCGGGCAGGCGCCGCAAGGCCCGCGCAGCCAGCCCCCCACGCGAAGACUCUUCCCCGCCGGUCAGGCGGCUGGAGAAACGGCUGCAGCAUCGUCUUCGGUUCCGGCGGCAAUUUGUUCGCAGCAAGCGUUUAGCGCCCGCGCUCUUGUCGACGCAAAAAAGAAGACGAGAGGGCGGCGGCUUCGCGGGCUUGGCGGGUGUGGCUUUUUUUUUCGGCGCCCGGUUCUGGGCGCCCCAAAUUGGCGGAAUCCGGUCCGCGGCUGCGGCGGCCCUGCUUUCCCGGCCUUUCAGCUUGCUGGCCCCCCGGCCUUAGACGCUUGGUUGGCGGCCUUCCGCGCGGCCGCGCCAGUUGUCUCGAAAAGGAGAGGCAAAGACGGCCUCCCCGUCGGCCCUUCUAACCCGCGAGGGGCUGCGCCGGGUGCGCGGCCCGCAGAUUGGCUUGCGCCGCCUGCAAGCCUGCGCCCUUCUGGCGCUGUUUUGCGGCGGCCCUAGUCUCGGUCGGCCCGAGUCUCUUGUUCUGGGGCACGAUUUUCAAGACAGCAAUUGCUUCCUCGCAUUGCCGGGCGUCAAACCCCCGGACGAAAUGCGGGCGCGCGGCGCUUGCAGGGUGCACGCCUGCCCACGGUUCGUGUUCUUGAGAGGAGAGAAGUUUCCUGCGUCACACAUUGUUGGCGAGAGAUGUCAGUGGUGUAAGUAAACUCACCUGAGUGCGACUUGCUCCCAGUAUUGGUGGCUGCGCUGUCCCAUUUAUUUCAAAAUGCUUCGGUCAUUUCGUCGCUCCCCAGUGCUGUUUUUCUUCGUCCUUCUCCUCGAUGCCACCGCGGUCCGCGCCUUCCUAACCAGCAAUCUCCGGCACGUGCUCGAGCAGAAGAAGAAGCUGUACCCGCCGAAGACAUGCAGUUGCGCCUGCUGUGUUGUCGUCCAGGAAGGCCCGCACCUCGGGUGCGACGUCCCCAAGCCGUCGCACUGGAAGCACCAGGCGUGCACGUUUGCUCUGUGUGGUAAUGGACAGGUUCUGGCGGACAAGGGCCCGGAGUACGCAAAGAAGCAGAAAAAAGCGUUUUGCGAGGAGCACUGCGGCGUGCCGGAGAAGGGAGCACGAGGGGACACGUGCAGCUGCAACUCAGGCGAGAAGGACCCCUGGAAGUGCCCGUUUGGGGAGGAGUGAGGGUUGUUUUGCGUUGGUGGUACAGAUGUUGUUAAAGGAUUAUUUUUUCCGAGGAUUUGUUAAUUAUCGAGACCGAGUUGGAAGUAAGAUUUGCAGCCGCGAUCUCAAGCAAUUUGCAGUCGAGCUACGUUUGGUGUGAAGCAAAUAUACCAGCACACACUUGGUUUUUUUCCCACACCUUGCUGAUUUUAGUUGCAAAUAGGACUUCAAAAGCGCU